CUGGGAACGAGGUUGGCCUUACGGGCUUCCUGGUGGUUACACUAGGCCGCAGAACAUAGAGCGUAUAUCGCAGGCGCACAAUAAUAAAUAAAUUCCCGUGAUCCCUUGCCAGCGAUCUCUUUCGGCCGCCAUCAUGUCGCUGGUCAUCCCAGAAAAGUUUCAACACAUUCUUCGUGUUCUUAACACGAACAUCGAUGGAAAACAGAAAAUUAUGUUCGCCAUGACCUCCAUUAAGGGUGUUGGUCGACGCUAUGCCAACAUUGUCUGCAAGAAGGCAGACAUUGACAUGAACAAGCGUGCUGGUGAACUGACUGAGGAUGAGGUGGAGCGUGUUGUCACCAUCAUGCAGAACCCUCGUCAGUACAAGAUCCCUGACUGGUUCCUCAACAGACAGAAGGACCACAAGGAUGGCAAGUACUCUCAGAUCCUGGCCAACGGUCUUGACAACAAAAUGCGUGAAGACCUGGAGAGACUGAAGAAGAUCCGUGCCCAUCGUGGCUUGAGACACUACUGGGGUCUCCGCGUCCGUGGCCAGCACACCAAGACUACUGGCCGUAAAGGAAGAACUGUUGGUGUAGCCAAAAAGAAGAGUUAGAUCUCUUGAUGUGUUGAAUAGGAUCAAUAAAUGACGGGAAAAUGA